CAAGUUCUCCAGGGAAAGACGCCGCGGGGGUAAAUGCAAAUUUCACUCAAGUUUUCCCUAAACCCACCCCAGCUCAAGGUCCCAGCUUUCACUCUGCUUUCUGUUCUCUGUAUUUGCCAUUGACCAGAAUUGACAACGACGCCCGCCCGCCGGGAGGAAGGCUGAAGUGUCCUCUGCCGAGUCCCCCAGACCCAAGCAUGUUUGAAGUGAUCCAGAAAGAGGAACGUUUUAAUGAGGUAUUUUUAAAUUACUUCAAGGAAAAUAAGAUAGAAAUAGCCCGUGCCAUCACCAGACCGUUUCCUUUCCUAGAGAGCCUCAGGGACCGCUCCUUCAUCACAGACAAAGUCUAUGCCGAUUCGUAUGAAGCCUACAGGAACUUGGUUCCUGUGGAGAAAGUGGUGUACAAUGUUCUCAGUCACCUGGAGAAGUUAUCUGACUCAUCGCUUCUAUGGGCUCUGUUUAGCAGAGUGAACCUGAAGGAAUAUCCUGCUUUAAGAGAGAUUCAAAAAAGCUUGGAAAUUGAGCUGCAGCAUGGAUGCUCUCCCCAGAGGAGUAAACAGGAAGAACAGAAGCGUGCCACUGUGCAGCCGAGAUACGAGCAAGGCACAAACCUGUGCACACAUGAAAACUGGACACAGCCAUGCUUUGUGAAACAAGAGAACCUACAGGAGCCAGAGACACGGCAGAACCAAGUGGAUGAGAUCAUUGUGAUCAGCAGUGACAGCUCAGAGUGCAGCGAUGAGGAUGAGGAGGACCAAGUCCCGGGCACCUGGACUCAGGAGGCAGAUGGACAAAGAGGCUGAGGACUCUGUCCCCCGGGCUCCAGAACGCAGAGCUUCUCUCAGGAUCUCACACCUCCUGUGUCCGGACUAACCACUCUUGGAGGACAUCGAGGAGUCCACGGGCUCAGUCUCUGCACCUUAUGUUUUCUGACACUUGGGAAGAUGUGGAGAGUGUAACAAGGUCCCAGACCUUAGCACAGCUGACUCCAUGCUGGAAGAGCCAAUCAAACUGUAAAAUUCAGUAUGUGGGCAGCACCAUCUGCCAAAAUAAAAACAAAGGCCCAAUCCCCCAUAGUUCUGGGAAGGUCUCUAAAUACACUA